AUGAACAAGCACGACAGAGAUAUUGAUAUAUCUGUUCAAGAAGGAAAUACUGGCAGCCGCGUUAAAAAGCCCAAAACUCCCGAGAAACGAAGGUUAAAUAAGCAACAAAAAUAUGUUGGUAAGGAUCCUGGACUAUUAAGGUUUACGAGACCAUGCAAUCAUAACACUGCUAGUUAUAAGUGCAGUACUGUUGCCUUGGCUGAUAUUAGACUUAUUGGACGAAAGCUUUAUGCUGCUCCUGAUAAACUUACGCAGGAUAUUAAGUUAUGUCACAUGCUGGGUGUUUGUGAAAAAGUAAAGAAACGCUCCAACAAAGACAAUAUAAGAAAAGAAAAAGAUCCCAAAAAAAAAUCUGACCUGAUGAUCGAACGUCGAAUACAAAGAAAGAGGGCAGACGCUUCCUACAAACUUGCAAAAGAAGAUCCUCCAAAUUCAAUAAGUUUUUGCUUUGAUAUGCAGCAGGUGCAGCCGUUGCCUCACACCCCCAUUACAGAUGCCUUUUACUCUCACCAAGUGAGUUUCUACAUAUUUUGUUGCGUCGACAUGAACUCAAGGCACCCUACCUUUUACACCUGGACUGAGAUACAAGAUGAUCGUGGGUUAGUUAAGAUAGGUUCAGCUCUAUUAAAUUAUUUGGAUUCAUUGGAACCCGAAGACAUUGAAGUAUUAAGACUAUUUUUGUGGGGGCCAGAACAAAAACUCGCAUAUUGUACAUGCUCUUUAUUUUUGGCUCUAAAAUAG